UUUCUUUCCAUCUUCACUUUCUCUUUCUUUCUCUGCAACUCUCUCUUCUUGAUGUGAUUCUCCACCAUAUCUCUCCCAAAAAAACCCCCGAAGCCUUUUCCAAAAGAGAAAGAGAAAGAGAAAGAGAAAGAGAAUUAAAGCUCAAGAACCAUGGUGUUCUCAUCCAUUCCAGUAUAUCUAGAUCCACCCAACUGGCCACAGCAAGCAAAUCAACAACCAGGAGCAAGCAGUGAGAUUCCUCAGCUUCCGCUGCCGCCGCCCCCUCUGCCAGCCGGAGGGGGCGGUACAGGCUCCAUCCGGCCCGGUUCCAUGGCCGAUCGGGCUCGGAUGGCCAAGAUUCCACAGCCUGAGGCUGGGCUUAAGUGCCCUCGGUGCGAGUCAACAAACACCAAGUUCUGCUACUUCAACAACUACAGCCUCACGCAGCCGCGCCACUUCUGCAAGACUUGCCGCCGGUACUGGACCCGAGGAGGCGCGCUGAGGAACGUGCCGGUCGGUGGUGGCUGCCGGAGGAACAAGCGGAGCAAGGGCGGUAGAUCCAAGUCCCCUGUCACCACGGAGCGACAAGCCGCUUCGGGCUCCACAACCAGCGGCAGUGGGGUUGGCGCCUCCUCUACCGGUGCCGCUGCAGACAUCAUCGGUCAUUUGGUCCCACCACCAUCGCAAUUACCCUUCUUACCACCUUUGCAUAAUCUGAACGACUUUAUCUCGAGUGACGUGGGGUUGAACUUCGGGCCGGGAGCGCAGUCCCAGCUGGCGGUGGCUCGGAGGAGCGUCAUGCCCGAUGUCGAAUUCCAAAUUGGGUCGAGCAGUGGAGGAGGCGCACAACUAUUACCGAAUGGACUGAGUGAUCAUCACUGGAGGUUGAAUCAAAUGCAUCACCAAGUUCAGCAAUUCCCUUUCUUUGCCAAUUUGCAGACACCAUCAUACCCUUUGGAAGGUGAAGCCAGUGCAAGCGAACUCCUAACCAAUAAGCCAUUGGAUCAUUCUACUGGAAUUGCCCAUCAAAUGGGGUCAACAGUGAAAAUGGAAGAAAAUCAAAGGUUGAAUCUGUCGAGAAAUUUGACCUUCUCAUCAGGAGUGUCAUCAUCAAACAAUAACAACGAGCACUUUUGGGGUGGCAAUAACAAUGCAUGGACUGAUCUGUCCGGCUUCUCAUCAUCUUCCACAAGUCAUCUUUUGUGAGAAAUUGCUCUGAUCUCUUCAAACUCAAAAUUGGAAGUCUUCGCUAAUAAUUGCUGCUAUAUGAGGUGACUUGAAAUGGCAUGACUUGGACAAAAAAUUUAGGCGGGUCUCCAGAUCAAUGAUGCUAACUUGCAAGCACCCAGUGCGGGAAUUUGAACAAAGGUGAAAUUUGGGAAAGGUGGGUUUUAUAUUGACUAUUGUUGUAUCUCUUGAUCAUUUGUUUUUGGAAAAUAGAAGCAGUGUAGGCUUCUAUUCUCUCGAAUUAAUGUACUUCGUUUGCCCUUUUUGAAUUCUUUUUUUUGCUUCAUCGUAGUAUUCUUUACGUAUGAGAUGUCUAGCUAGGUGAUCAUCUAGUAGCUAGGAUUAUGUGGUGAUGCUGGUUGCUUGCUAACAAGCAUGGCUACACUACAUGGUGUCGUUACUGAUCUAAAUGCGUUGUGCUUAGUAAAUCUUAUUGAACUUAUAUGUAUACUGAUUUCCGUCGAUCAUCAUCUUUUUCCUUC